UACUAGAAUAGUCCUCUAAAUUACUUUAAAUACCCAACCUAUCCCUUCUCCAGCAAACCAUCGAGUCCCAACAGCAAUUCCAAUCAAGUCUCUCAUCAAGCACACAGUACCAAUUUCGUUUUCAGUCAUCAAGCAGAAAAUUCGUCGCGAGAAUGUCGAUCAUACCAAGCUUCUUCAGUGGCCGACGCAGCGGCGUCUUCGACCCCUUCAAGGAUUUUCCUUUCCUCUCUUGUCCUGAAUUUUCUCGGGAAAAUUCUGAGUUUGUGAACGCCAGAAUCGACUGGAAGGAGACCCCAGAAGCCCACGUGUUCAAGGCCGAUUUUCCGGGGCUGAAGAAGGAGGAAGUGAAGGUUGAGAUUGAAGAGGACAGAGUGCUCCAGAUCAGCGGAGAGAGGAGUGUGGAGAAGGAAAACAGGAACGAUACAUGGCAUAGAGUGGAGCGUAGCAGCGGCAAGUUCAUGAGGAGGUUCAGGCUGCCGGAGAAUGUGAAGAUGGAUGAGGUGAAGGCGUCCAUGGAGAACGGGGUUCUUACGGUCACUGUUCCUAAGGAGAAGGUCAAGAAGCCUGACGUUAAAACAAUUGAAAUUUCUAGUUGAACUUGUAUCCGUUUGUUUGUUUUGGUCCAAAAAUAAAAUUGUUUGAUAAAUGUAAAAUUAUUUGUUUGCGAUAGAUAAUUAAAUAAAUAAAUAAAAUUUGGAUUUGCGUA